UUCGUGCAUUCUCAGUGAUGGCACGCGCACCUGACACAGACAGUCCCAGGACUGUCGUUUGGGCUGUGUGCCGUCGCUUCCAUAGCUCUUGUUCUAUGUCGGGAGACCAGACCAGGACUCUGCAGGAGCCACGCGCUCACCAGGUCACGUUCUGACAGCAGUACAGAGACUCCGGACACCUUCACUCGGUGAUGAAAAUCAGACUUCUAUCGACCAUUCUCUGACCAACAUUCUCCUGUCGCUACCAUCAAGAAUCUAGCGACUAUGUUACGACAUUACGUCAGCCAGGCCCGGCGUCUGGCAAGCUCAGGUGUGGGCGUACAAUGGCGGUGCUUGUCGGCCAACCCUUCCUCCCCGCUCCCUGCAGGGACAGAUUAUCUCUAUGAUGGUGGUCGACUCGAUGUGACUGGUGCAAUGAAGUCGGCUUUUGAAGAGAAUGGCUUUGUCGUCUUCAGGAAUUUGCUAAGCACAGGCGAGUUGGCCAGGGUGCGCCUCGGCCUGGAGGACAAUGGCGCCAUCAUGCAGGAGUCCAUAGCUGUCGCAGACGGUACUGGCCGACAAUCGCGUAUGUGUCUGUGGAAUCAGCCUGGUACGGACGUGACUGGUAUGGUUGGCCGGGCAGAGAAAGUGGCAGGAACGAUGGAGCAGCUGUUAGGUGGUGAGGUCUACCAUUACCACACUAAGCUGAUGAUGAAAGAAGCAUACACGGGCGGUGCGUUUGUAUGGCACCAAGACUAUGGUUACUGGUAUAUGAACGGCUGCCUGUACCCACACAUGGCUACAGCAUUCAUUGCCGUUGACAUGUGCAAGAAGGAGAAUGGCUGCAUGCAGGUAAUCCCUGGCUCCAACCUGCUGGGACGCAUCGAGCACCUGAGAGUUGCGGGACAAACAGGAGCGGACGCUGAGCGCAUAGAACUGAUCAAGAAAAGAUUGGACGAGGUGUAUGUGGAAAUGGAGCCGGGCGAUGCACUGUUCUUCCACAGCUUACUGCUGCACAAAAGCAAUGAGAAUAGCAGUCCUAACCGACGCUGGGCGUUCCUCUGUGCGUACAACCGAGCUUCUAACGACCCACUCCUUCCCCAUCACCACCCGCAGUACACACCCCUGGAGAAGGUUGCAAAUGGUGCCAUUAUGGAAUGUGAGAACUUCAGCGAUUUGUCGGGAAAAGACUUCCUCCAGCCUGGUACCGACAAGACCUCUGAAGGAAAGCGGUAGUCACUAAUUUUAUUUGCAACCAUCCCAAUUUCCCUCCGUACUAGAUUUUACUUUUAAAAUGCACACUUACUGUCACAAAUGAUCGGGUCACGGGUUUCAUCCAGGUGGGUUUCAUCCAGGUGGGUUUCAUCCAGGUGGGUUUCAUCCAGGUGGGUUUCAUCCAGGUGGGCUUCAUCCAGGUGGGUCUCACAGAAGUUUUCUACCAUUUUUUCUCAUUUUUGCUUAUUGCGAAGAUAUGUAGAUUUCCUGUGUAAAGUGGCUUAUUUAAUUUACUUUAUCCAAAAAUGUUUAAGUAGAGGAGCAAUGAGCAACGCUGUUUAUUUUCUUGAGAGGCUCAAGUUUUGAGCGAAGUUGGGUGGUCUGUUGAUUUGCGUCGUCAAGUUGUAGUGAGGCCGAUGUGUCCAUUGUCUUACUAGUCUCGUCAUCAUCCAGUAAUGAGCACAUUCUUUGUUGCUGUGGGACAUACAUGUAGCUCAUGCUCAUUUUCGUUACGCUUUCCUUCCCCAUUUCAGAACUUACUUAACCGGAGCCUUCCAAGUUGGAAGGUUGUUGGUUAGGUGUCAGGUCGUUGAAUGUCUCAAUAUCCCUGUCAGUUUUGUGCCUUGUUGUCGCACUAUCUGACUGCGUUACCUUGGUGGACUGUUAGUCAUAACUCGUAAUGUAUUGGCCGUUUCUUCUUUCUUAAUUUAGUACUAUUGACCAACAUCCUAGUCAUGACUUAUACAAGUAGUCGUUUAGGAGUUCGGGUUUUUUCUCCUGCUCUCUUGCCGAUCAACGUCAUUGUGAAGAUCAUCUUUUUAUGAGUGA